AUGUCUCCUGUUACACCAAAAAAAUUUAACUCGUUUCAAAAUGUUUAUCCUUUACUUGGAAAUGUUACAAUGAAUGAUUCAUCUGCUGAUAUACAUGCACAUCCAUAUCCAUUUACAAGUGGUCGUACAAAUAAAAAAAGAAAACAAAGUGAUAAUGAACAGCCAAUAGCAGGUCAUUAUGAUGAAUCACCACUUCUUCAACAGACAAGUAAUGAUACUAAUACACAAACAAAAUCAACUUCAACUAAUAUUCCAUCAACAAAAGUUACAGAUGAAGCUAAACGUUAUGCUGAAUCCCGUUAUCCAUUUCCACCAUUUAUUUUACAUUUUACAAGACCUAAAAUUAAUGAUAAAGCUAUUAUUGAUGAAUUAUUGAAUUACUGUAAAAUUAGUUAUUCUUUUGAUCUUGAAUUAGCUGGUUUUCGUUCAUCUUCAAUUAUAUCUAAUGAUAAUGAAUGUAAUUUACUUGUAUUCGUCAAAAACAGUAUAUCAUUUUCAUUUUUAUAUUUGGACAUUACAUGGCCUGAUAAAUUAGGUGGUGAUAUUUUUACCAUUGAUCGAAAACCAGCUAUUCCAACUCAACUUGCUCUUAUCAUAACUAAUGUUAGUUAUAAAACGAACUUAAACGAGUUCGAAAAUGAUUUAAAAGUCAGGUACGAAAAUAUUGCUGGAGUUACUCGUUUAAAGAAUAAGAAUCAUUUUGAUACUAAAUUAGUUAAAGUUGAAUUUAGUUUAUCGAAAACACGUGAUGAUAUUCUAAUUGAUGGAUCUAUUAUGGUGAAUUAUAUUAAAUAUGAUGUUAAAGAAUUUCUACCAGUAGCAACAAUUCUUAUCUGUUCAAACGGCAUGGGAUUAGGACAUUUUAGCAAGCAGUGCAAACAAAGUGAUAGUACAUGUAAAGUUUGUGGUGAACAUUAUCAGGACCUGAACAAAUAUUGUUGUGGUGGUGAUCACAAUUCGAACGACAUGAAAUGCAAGGUGAUAAAACAAUAUAGAGCUGAUUUAACAAAAGUACUUUUAUCUGCUCCAAGUCGUACAUUUAACAAGUACCUGAACUCGUGGUCUGAUUUUCCACCAUUACCUCAACCAAUUAAAACAAAUUUUAAUAAGAAUAAUUUACCAACUGGUGAUGCAAGUGGAAUUAUGUCAAAGCUGGACCUGAUCCUCAACUCAAUGAAUAAUAUUAACAACAUUAUAGGUGAUCUUAAACAACGUACUGAACAAAUUGAAGUAUGGCUUAAUGAUAAACGAAAAACUGAUUCAAAAACGGAAAAUGAUAUUAAAGCAUUACAACUUAGUAAUAUACGUCAUGAAGGUGAAGUAUUACAACAUGCAAAAUUAAUUGAAAAAAUGAUUUUCCCGGUCUUAGAUGAUAUGAUCAUUUUAUUGAUGGAGUUGAACGUUAAAGACGGUAAAAUUUUAAAUGUUGAUUUCAAGUCGAAAAGUGAAAUAUAG